AUGUUUAAAAUUUUUAUUUCACUAUUGUUUUCCAUAACAAUAAUAAUAAUAACAACUAUCGGUAAUCAUAUAGUAGUGGUCAGUGGCCAACAAACAACAACACCUAAUAAUAAUAAUAAUAAUAGCAUACCGUGUAAUAAAAACGGCGAAAAACAAGUGGACGCACUGUUGGCCCGUGUAUUGACUUUCGGUGAUUCUGGCCGCGAGUUUCCCGAAUCUCAAGACCAGAUACCGGCGUUUUGCAAUGAAACACAAUUAUUAGUUAAAUCAGUGGAACAGUAUGUAAAAAAAUGUACAAAAACACAACUAUCCAAACAAUUGUUUUCCGUCUAUGUAUUUACAAUUAAAUCACAAUUGACACAACUGUGCAAAACCAAACCGACCCAACGGCUCCGGGAUAUGUUGUCGGCAUCCAAAUGUGUUAAUCGGGCGAAACCAGUGUUUACGAAAUGUGUCCAGAGGACAGUCGACCACUUGCAACGUAUCCGAUUGCUGGCCUCGGAUACCAUGAAAAUACCGCACCUGUGCUGUGAAUACAAUACAAACAAACAGUGCAAUCGGGAGGGAUCGGCAAAAAUAACCGACUGUACGGACAGGGAUAUGGAAAUUGUCGACCGUUUUGUCGACAGUGUGGCCGGCAAUUCAAUGAACCUAUUGUGCGGCGAUUAUGACGAGUCAUCCGAUAAGUGUAAAUCAUUGCCGAAAUUACCGAAAAAUAUCAAAAAACCACAAAAAUUUAAAUCAUUUUUCAUACCAUCUAUUGAAGUAAUAUCCAGUUUGCAGUCAUAAUAGAUAGACAGACAGUUAGACAGACAGUUAGACAGACAGUUAGA